UACAAGUCAGCAGGCGGCGAAGGGAUUGCAGACAGUGACGGGUUCGCAGACGAUGAAGGGAUCGAGUCCACAGACGUCAAGUAAAGAUGACACAGGGGGCUGUGAAUGCGGAACCGGCGGAACUGGACCUGGGUACGCGACGCCUCUGGAUGCCAUGAAAGGUCCCAGAGAGAGACUCAUCUACGUUCCCUGCAUCUUAACGGGCACCGGCACCCAAGCCCCCGACUACCUGGCUACGGUGGACGUAGACCCAGAAUCUCCGACUUAUUGCAAGGUGAUCCACCGCCUAACGAUGCCUUACAUCGGCGACGAACUCCACCACUCCGGGUGGAACACCUGCAGCAGCUGUUUCGGGGAUGUCACCAAGAAGCGGAACAGGCUGAUACUUCCCUGCCUCGGCUCCUCUCGCAUUUAUGUGGUGGACACGGGGACUGACCAGAGGGCUCCCAGGCUCUUCACGGUGAUUGAGCCAAGAGAUGUUUUCCAGAAAUGCGACCUGGCUUUGCUGCACACCUCUCACUGCCUGGGCAGCGGGGAAGUCAUGAUCAGCGCAAUAGGGGACCCGCGUGGCAACGGAAAAGGUGGUUUUGUCCUUCUGGAUGCGGAGACCUUCGAAGUGAAGGGGAACUGGGAGAGACCGACUCAAGCGGCCCCCCAAGGGUACGACUUCUGGUACCAGCCGAGGCACAACGUCAUGGUCAGCACUGAAUGGGGGGUGCCCAAAUUCUUCGUCACCGGGUUCAACCCAGCUGACCUGGGGAAAGGGCGCUACGGCCGUCGCCUGAACGUCUGGGACUGGACCACCCACUGCCUUCUCCAGUCGAUCGACUUAGGGGAGGACUCCGCCCCCUUCAAGGUCCGGUUCCUGCACAACCCCGACGCGGCGCACGGAAUGGUGGCCUGCCUACUCCAGGGCACCGUCUAUCACUUCUACAAGACGCAGGAUGGAAGUUGGACAGCAGAUAAAGUGAUUGCGGUUCCGAACAAGAAAGUGUCAGGGUGGUUAUUACCCGAAAUGCCAGCCUUUAACACCGACAUGGUCAUUUCAUUGGACGAUCGGUUCAUGUACAUGAGCAACUUCAUCCAUGGCGACAUCCGUCAGUAUGACAUCACUGACCCUUUCUGCCCCAGGCUGGUUGGCCAGGUGUGGGUAGGCGGCAGCAUCCCAAAAGGCGGGGUGGUCACCGUCCUUGAAGAUCCGGAGCUGAAUGGCCAACCUGAUCCUUUCAUGAUCCAGGGAAGGAGAGUCUACGGAGGACCCCAAAUGCUUCAGCUCAGCUUGGAUGGCAAGAGACUCUAUGUCACCAACAAUCUGUACACUCCGUGGGACAAGCAGUUUUACCCCGAACUGGUCAGGGAAGGUUCCGUCAUGCUGCAGAUCGACGUGGACACUGAAUGUGGAGGUCUGUGCCUGAACGAAGACUUCCUGGUCGAUUUCGGGAAGGAGCCCUGCGGGCCCGCCCGGGCUCACGAGAUGCGUUACCCUGGGGGAGACUGCACCUCGGAUAUCUGGGUCUAGGUGGGGAGCGUGUGGGCCUGGAGACUACCCCAAGAUGGCGGCGGAAUAGCAGCACUGGUUGCAACGUUCCGCAAGCGACUUCAUUUUCUUGCUCUUUAUCUUACUAAAAACCUUCUGCUUAGUAAUUUGCACAAUACGAGUGUUCCUCCAGUUUGAAGCAGCUGCUGUUUUAAGGAAUCUGUCUCUUGCAAUCAGCCUCAAGUUGCUACAAGUUACUGGUCGACUCUGCAUUUGUCUCUCCCACCGGUGUCCCGGCCUUCUGACUCUGUCUUCAAAAAAGCUGUUUACGUUUGGUUUCGUUUUCACACCCCGGCAGUGCUAGCAUACUGUUGCAUGUCUGCAUAUGUUUAUCGCCCUCUCGUGGCAG